AUUUACCAUAGGCGAAAAGGCGAAAGGGGAUGGCAAAACAAAAGGCAAUAACAGCAUUUACUUUGUCCCUGCUUUAUUAUUAUUCUUUGAUUUGAUAAAAUGCGAACCAAUUUUACAUUCUUGAAUUUGGGCACUGCCUUCUGACAAUCGCCGGCGGACCCUCGUCGUUGUCUUCUUCCCCCGUUCGGAAGCUCUCCCAUUUCCCAGAUAUCGACAAGGUAAUGGCAGGAGAGGAAGGUAUUCACAUGCCUUCUCCGAAAUCGCAGUUUGACCAAACACAAGUCAACUGGAAACAGGAGAUAGAGAGAAGCCAUUCUCAACUGGAUGCCUUGCAAGAGAAGCUUACAGAGGUAAAGGCUUGCAUAAAAGGGUCAGAGGCAGAUGCAAAGAAGGAAGUAAACGUUCUCUGGCGUAGGGUCAAAACUUGUGCAACAUUGUUGACUUACUUGAAAUCCAAAGCCCGAAUUAUGGCUGUCCCACAUUUAUCCCACACAUCUUGUGGUAUAAAAAAUUUAGACGGUGUGGGUUUUGUAGACAGAAAUGGUGUGCCAUUGUCCGGAUGGUCAAGGAAUGUUGAUAUUUCGUCCUUUGACAGUGCCGAUGAGGAAACAUGGACGGCACUUAGCAGUCGGGAGGGUUCACUUGACGAACAUGAUGGGGUUUAUAUUAAUGAAUUACUCAAGAGUGUCCAAAUGGUUGCAGAUGUAAUGGAAACCCUUGUCAAGAGAGCUAUCAUGGCAGAAUCUGAAAUGGCCACCGAGAAGGAAAAAGUGGUGGUUGGGCAGGAAGAGAUUAAGAAGAAGACAGUUCAGAUCGAGAAUAUGUCUGUAAAAUUGGAAGAGAUGGAACAAUUCGCGAUGGGCACAAAUAGCGUCUUGAAUGAGAUGAGACAAAGGGUUGAGGAUUUGGUUGAGGAGACAUCUAGGCAGAAGCAAAGAGCUGUAGAGAACGAGCAGGAGCUUUGCCGUGUAAAACAAGACUUCGAAUCCCUGAAAUCUUAUGUCAGCACUCUGAUUAGCGUGAGGGAAACACUGCUUUCUUCGGAGAAGCAGUUUCAGACGAUUGAAAAGCACUUUGAGCGGCUCGUGGCAAAGACGUCAAAGUUGGAAGACGAGAAGAUGCAGAAAGAAGCAGAAGUUCGAAAACUGAUGGAUGAGAAUGUGAGGCUGAGUGCUCUACUUGACCAGAAAGAAGCCCAACUCGUGGCCAUGAAUGAGCAAUGCAAGGUUAUGGCACUAAAUGCUUCUGACAUUUAGUUUGAUAGUGUUGCAUUCACCUUCAAGUAGGGGAAAAAAAAAACAGAUUGGUACUUGCUUUGUUGUUGACUUGUUGUAUUUCCUCUUUGACGAGUGUAAAAAAUUUGAUCGGAUGCAGUAAUUUUUCACUUUUGUGUGACCCUUUUUCUGUUUGUGCUUGAUUAAACUCUUUCGUGUAACCAGUUGGCCUGUUGUUUUCUCUCAAGCCCUAUCAAUUGAAUGUCUUUAGAAGUUCUGCUCGUAUUAAAA